GCUAGUACCGUGCAUCUGCUGGAACGAAUUUGUGUAUAAAUAUAAUGGACCGAGUUCCAAAAUAUUGCACAUCUCACCAGUCUCCAAACUAAAGCUACCAAGAUGAGAACCUUUAUUCUUCUAACCCUGUUAGCCCUUGUUGCUUGUGCUUAUGCAGGCGGGUAUGGUGGUGGCGGAGGAGGAUAUGGCGGCGGUGGAGGAGGAGGAUAUGGUAAAGGAGGAUAUGGCGGCGGCGGAGGAGGAUAUGGUAAAGGAGGAUAUGGCGGCGGAGGAAGAGGUGGGGGAGGCGGAUACGGAGGUAAAGGAUACGGCGGAGGAGGUUAUGGCGGCGGUCGCGGUGGAGGUGGAUAUGGAGGCGGCGGCGGUUAUGGAGGAAAACGAGGUGGUGGCGGCGGCGGUUAUGGAGGCGGUGGAUACGGUGGUGGCCGUGGAGGAGGUUAUGGUGGCAAAGGUUAUGGCGGAGGUGGCGGAGGAGGCGGCGGUUAUGGUGGAAAAGGAUAUGGAAAAUAAGUCUAUCAUUUGAAGACAUAUUAAAAAUAGAUCACAA